AUGGGUUCAAUUGUUCUUAAAUCAUUAUCAGUCCUAUUGGGCAUAUUUUUUGUCUUUGUUGGAACAAUGAAAUUAACAUCCCAUAUUAGUAAAGAUCUUCACAAGGAUUUGAGAAAAGAAUACGUUAAAUAUGCCAAGGUUUUUCCACUUGCAAGCACUUUGGAUUUUAAAGUUCCAAGCAAAUGGUACAGACGAGUUGUUGGAACAUUGGAAAUUAUUUGUGGAUUCGCAAUGGCACUAGUGCCCAGUCAUAAAGUGAAAAAUGCAUCAAAUGGAAUACUUUUGUUCCUAAUGUUAAUGGCUGUUUAUUCACAUUACAUGGUGAACGAUAAAUUUGAAAGGAUCGCUCCAGCGCUGGUAUUCUUUUUCAUGUUGAGUGGAAGAUUAGUGAUAGAUUGGCAAUUGAGACGAGAAGAAUCACAACCAGUAACGGCAAAUGGAGUAGAUGAUAAAACUAAAAAACAAGACUGA